GGCCACCGGAAAUCCCGGACUAGCCUCAACAUUCAGAAAUCAUCAUCAGCACAAGAGGAUAAGAUAGGAAGAAACAGGCAAGGAAGCCAACAAGUCGUCAGCCAUGGCGCUCUCCCUCUCCACCUCCUUCCUCCCGACCCCAGGCGCCGCCGCCGUCGCGAGAACCGCAAACCGCACCCUCCGCUCCCUCGUCCCCUCCCAGGGGAUGAGGUGCUCGAUGCGGAAGAAGGGGCUGCACCCGGAGAUCUUCGAGGACGCCAAGGUGUACUGCAACGGUGAGCUGGUGCUGGUGACGGGGGGCACGAAGCCGGAGUACUCGGUGGACGUCUGGUCGGGGAACCACCCCUACUACGUCGGCGACUCCUCGGCGCUGGUCGUCAUGGACAGCCAGAUCGAGAAGUUCCGCAAGAAGUGGGGGCACGUCAAGGAGUACUGGACCAAGGAGCAGUGGCUGGAGAUGCACCCUGACGGCGACCCGGAGUUUGAGCCGGAGGACGACGAGACCCGCAAAUGAUGUGGCUCUGCCUCUCCUGCUCCUCGUCUUCCUGCUGCGUUUCUCUCGUUGUUAACUCCCGAACUCAAUUAUGCUAGUUUGCGUGGCUUGAUUCCCCAGCUGUACUGUCUGCACGUUGAUUGAUUUGGUUCACGGGGAUUGCAUUUGCAUUGCCCUCGAGGUGUUCGGGUAAUGUUCGCAACGACUCUAGCAAUACUACCUUCCAGUAUGUGUCAACGUUGAGCUUCAUGAAAUCGGUGCUCUAAAAAGCU